CGCAUCCUGCGGGCGGCGGCGGCGGCGGCGGCGGCGGGCGCGGCGCCGGCAGCCGGACGCAAGAUGAUGAAGUUUCGGUUCCGGCGGCAGGGCGCUGACCCGCAGCGCGAGAAGCUCAAGCAGGAGCUCUUCGCCUUCAACAAGACUGUGGAGCAUGGCUUCCCCAACCAGCCCAGCGCCCUGGCCUUCGACCCAGAGCUUCGCAUCAUGGCCAUCGGCACAAGGUCCGGGGCCGUCAAGAUCUAUGGUGCACCUGGUGUGGAGUUCACUGGCCUACACCGGGACACAGCCACCGUUACCCAGAUGCACUUCCUACCCGGCCAGGGCCGCCUGCUAACUCUGUUGGAUGAUAGCAGCCUUCACCUCUGGGAGAUUGUCCACCACCAUGGCUGCGCCCACCUGGAGGAAGCGCUCAGCUUCCAGCCACCUAGUCGGCCGGGCUUUGACAGUGCCAGUGGCCCGCUCAGCCUCGCCCGUGUCACAGUGGUCCUGCUGGUGGCGGCUGGUGACAUGGCAGCCCUGGGCACCGAGGGCGGCAGCAUCUUCUUCCUGGACGUUCCCACCUUGACGCUGCUUGAGGGGCAGACUCUUGCCCCGGAUGAGGUUCUUCGAAGCGUGCCAGACGACUACCGGUGUGGAAAGGCACUGGGCCCUGUGGAGUCACUCCAAGGACAUCUGCAGGACCCCACCAGGAUCCUCAUCGGCUACAGCCGGGGCCUGCUGGUCAUCUGGAACCAGGCGGCGCAGUGCGCAGACCGAGUCUUCCUGGGCAACCAGCAGCUGGAAAGCCUGUGCUGGGAACGCAGUGGCCGCACACUGGUCAGCUCGCACAGCGACGGCAGCUACGCCGUCUGGUCAGUAGACGCCGGCGACUCCCCGAUGACACAGCCCACAGUAGCCACCACACCCUACGGCCCUUUCCCCUGCAAAGCCAUUAACAAGAUUCUGUGGCGAAACUGUGAAUCUGGGGACCACUUCAUCAUCUUCAGUGGCGGCAUGCCCCGUGCCAGCUAUGGGGACCGCCAUUGCGUGAGCGUGCUCCGAGCCGAGACUCUGGUGACGCUGGACUUUACCUCCCGCAUCAUUGACUUCUUCACAGUGCACAGCACACGGCCUGAGGAUGAGUUUGACGAACCCCAAGCCCUGGCCGUGCUGCUUGAGGAGGAGCUGGUGGUGCUCGACCUGCAGACGCCUGGCUGGCCUGCCGUGCCUGCUCCAUACCUAGCCCCACUGCACUCGUCUGCCAUCACCUGCUCGGCACACGUUGCCAACGUUCCCGCCAAGCUGUGGGCCCGCAUUGUGAGCGCUGGCGAGCAGCAGAGUCCACAGCCUGCCUCCAGCACCUUGAGCUGGCCCAUCACUGGGGGCCGGAACCUGGCCCAGGAGCCAUCACAGCGAGGGCUACUGCUGACCGGCCAUGAGGAUGGCACCGUGCGGUUCUGGGAUGCCUCAGGUGUGGCACUGCGGCCACUCUACAAGUUAAGCACAGCUGGCCUCUUCCAGACAGAUUGCGAGCAUGCCGACAGCCUGGCCCAGGCCACCGAGGAUGACUGGCCGCCCUUUCGCAAGGUGGGCUGCUUCGACCCCUAUAGUGAUGAUCCUCGGCUUGGGGUGCAGAAGGUGGCACUCUGCAAGUACACGGCCCAGAUGGUGGUAGCUGGCACUGCAGGCCAGGUGCUGGUGCUGGAGCUAAGUGAUGUGCCAUUGGAGCAGGCAGUCAGCGUGGCCAGUGUGGACCUCCUCCAGGACCGAGAGGGCUUCACGUGGAAGGGCCAUGAGCGGCUGAGUCCACGCACGGGGCCGCUGCCGUGGCCUGCUGGCUUCCAGCCCCGGGUGCUGGUUCAGUGCCUGCCACCGGCUGCUGUGACAGCCGUCACGCUCCAUGCCGAGUGGAGCCUCGUGGCCUUUGGCACCAGUCACGGCUUUGGCCUCUUUGACUAUCAGCGCAGGAGCCCUGUGCUGGCCAGGUGCACACUACACCCCAACGACUCCCUGGCCAUGGAGGGGCCACUGUCUCGGGUGAAGUCCCUCAAGAAGUCUUUACGCCAGUCUUUCCGGCGCAUCCGCAAGAGCCGAGUCUCGGGCAAGAAGCGGGCCACUAGUGCCACCAGCAAGUUGCAGGAGGCCAAUGCGCAGCUGGCUGAGCAGGCCUGCCCCCACGAUGUGGAGAUGACCCCAGUGCAGCGCCGCAUUGAGCCCCGCUCCGCCGACGACUCCCUUUCUGGCGUCGUCCGCUGCCUCUACUUCGCUGACACGUUUCUUCGAGAUGCGGCCCACCAUGGCCCCACCAUGUGGGCAGGUACCAACUCGGGCUCUGUGUUUGCCUACGCUCUGGAAGUGCCGGCGGCAGUGGCGGGGAGCGAGAAGCGAGCUGAGAGGGCGGUGGAGGCCGUGCUGGGCAAGGAGGUGCAGCUGAUGCACCGCGCGCCUGUGGUGGCCAUCGCUGUGCUGGAUGGGCGUGGCCGCCCGCUGCCUGAGCCCUAUGAGGCCUCUCGGGAUCUGGCACAGGCCCCUGACAUGCAAGGUGGUCAUGCCGUGCUCAUCGCAUCUGAGGAGCAGUUCAAGGUAUUCACACUACCUAAGGUGAGCGCCAAGACCAAGUUCAAGCUGACGGCCCACGAGGGCUGUCGCGUACGCAAGGUGGCACUUGCCACGUUUGCCAGCGUGGCCUGCGAGGACUAUGCUGAGACCUGCCUGGCCUGCCUCACGAACCUGGGCGACGUGCAUGUGUUCUCAGUGCCUGGCCUGCGGCCCCAGGUGCACUAUGCCUGCAUCCGGAAAGAGGACAUUAGUGGCAUCGCCUCUUGCGUCUUCACGCGCCACGGCCAGGGUUUUUACCUGAUUUCUCCAUCGGAGUUUGAACGCUUCUCUCUGAGUGCCCGGAACAUCACAGAGCCGCUCUGCUCUCUGGACAUUAGCUGGCCUCGAGAUACCACCCGCGCCAGCUAUAGGCUCCGAGAGUCACCCAAGCUGAGCCAGGCUAAUGGGACCCCAGGCAUCGCCCUGGCCCCACAGAGCCGCAAUGGAAGCCCAGAUCCUGGCCACAGCAGGAGAGCUGACACCCCAGAGCCACCUGAGACCAUGCUCUCGCCCAUGUCCGUUGAUUCGGCCACCAGUGCCGACACCACACUGGACACGACAGGGGACGUCACAGUGGAGGACGUGAAGGAUUUCUUGGGCUCUUCAGAGGAAUCAGAGAAGAAUCUGAGGAAUCUGGCAGAGGAUGAGGCUCGAGCCUGCGCCAUCCUGAUCAAAUGAGGUGCUGCACGAUUUAGGGGCUCUGGAUCUACCUGGUCCUUACUGUUCGACAGCCUUGAUUUUCAUACUUGAGUCUUAGAAAAACAAGGCUGGCCUGUCAGCCUCUGGGUAUCACGGGUGGGUGGUGGUUGGAAUCAAGCCAGAGCAAACCACUUAGAAGUGGCAGCAGCUUGGGGUGGGGGGCUGGUUUGGCUAGCCCAUUUUGGAGAGAUCACCCAGGCUCCGGUGGUCAGGUCUGGUCAGGUGAGCCCAGGAAGUGGGGCCUGGAUCUGGGGUCUGCAUCUGGGGCCCAUAGAUCUGCUCCACUAUUUCUUGGCUGUCUGGUGCUCCUACCCAUGCAGCCUGGCCCUGCACGGAGCUCAGGCACCCCAGCUCCUGCUUUGUCUUCCUGGGCCAUGCCCUAAUCUCAGUGCGCUGAAAUGUGGUCAGUGCCUAGACUCCGAAAGCCCGCCUCUGGCUGUCACUGCAGGACCCUUGCCCCUGAAUGGGUGGAAGCAGAGUGGUGGCACCCCUACAGCCAGGCUAUCUGCCCAUUUGGGCCUCCUGGCUUUCUCCGACCCCUCCUCCUUUACCAGGAAGGCCAAAACUAUUUGGCUACCAGCUGCCCUGCUCAGAGCUGGGAUCCAGGACCCCUGGCCCCUUCGCAUAGACCCACACCUGCUAAUCUAUGGCCUCCAGCGGGACCUUCCCACCCUGGCCCCAGGGCGGUGCGGGGCUGGCUAGUGAGCCUGGGACUCAGCCCCGAGCCUCUGGGACAGAUUCACAAUGGCCUAUAGGAGAUAGGCAGUUGGCUACCUAGAGGCCAGGUGCCACUGGGAGAGAACAGCUGGGGCUGGCAAGCCCAUGCCACCUCCCACUCAACACACCGUCCUUCCCCACUCUCUUUGCAAAGAAUAUUUUUCUAACGCCUGAGCCAGGCUGGACAGGCAUUUCUAAAACUAUUUUGGUACUUGUUCCUGGGCCAGCACCCACCCCCACCCCCCAGUCUGUUGCAUGAAUGCAUGUGUGUGUGCGUAUGUGACUGGGAGCUCUGCUGGGCAUCCACGACUGGGGUCCAGUCGGGUAUGUGUGAGAGUGAGAGAGUGAGUGUGUGUGUGUGUGUGUGUGUGUGUGUGUGUGUGUGUGUUGGGGGGGGUCAGUCAGGAUUGGUUUCCCUGUAGAUUGUACCUUGAGUUUUUUUUUCCUGUCAUUUUGUUAAAAUUAGCGCUGUUU